ACGACCAAAGCAGACGGCGGUGAAAAUCGCUCCGUAUUAUAACUUAUUUUUGAAUCGUGUUUGCGAGAAAGAAAGGAGCAGCCAUCGAUGGACAACUGAGAGGAAGAGGAGGCCCAGGAGGCAUCAGGCAUCGGCGGAGCAACGUUACAGGUCAACAUGUAAACUACAACUCCGCUGUUGCGCAUCAUGUACCGAUAGCAUCGCGUACGGAUCCUACGUUUUCGUGCCGGAUAAUUUCCAAGAGCGCACGACGCCGGAAAUUGAUCCCACUUUCGACACUACAAUGUCAACCAACAUCACUGGUUUGGCCGGAGAAACUGUUCAAUUAUCGUGCAAAGUGAAACAUCUCGGAAACAGAACGAUCUCGUGGGUGAGACAUCGCGACAUCCAUUUGCUGACAGUUGGUCGUUAUACUUAUACGAGCGAUCAGCGUUUCGAGGUGCUGCACAAAUUCCACCCAGAAGAAUGGAUCCUUAGAAUACGAUAUCCGCAGCGAAAGGAUUCUGGGAUCUACGAGUGCCAAAUAUCUACCACUCCACCCAUCGGUCAUCCUGUUUACCUCACUAUAGUCGAACCCGUGACGGAAAUAGCCGGCGGGCCAGAUCUGUUCAUCAACAAAGACAGCACGAUAAACUUAACGUGUUACGUGAGACACACGCCUGAGCCGCCAUCGACAAUUAUUUGGAGUCAUAAUCACCAAGCGAUUAACUUCGACUCGCCGAGAGGUGGCAUCAGUCUGGUAACGGAAAAGGGACCCGUGACUUCGAGCCGUUUACUCAUUCAGAAGGCGAUCGAGAGGGACUCCGGCCUUUACACGUGCUCGCCCAAUAACACUCAUCCUAACAGCGUACGGGUCCACAUAGUCAAUGAAGAACACCCAGCGGCAAUGCAUCACGGCAGCGGCGACAGAAUGGCCGCGACGUUGCUUCCGGUCGUCCUACUUCUUUGGAUGAUAUUCUAGCCGACGCUCUGCACUCCGGGUUGAAUGCGCGCGAACUUAAGCGCGGUCGUCUAACUACACUCUCGCGAGACCAUCGAGCGGUGAUUCUGUUUCGCGAUUUUGUCUCCGGGGAUUCAAUUCGCCGCGACGCGCAUUCGACGCGGCUGCCUCGCGAAAGUAACGGAAUCUCAUGAGUUUCCGUCGCGUUUCUCCCGUUUUACGUCGUUAGAACGUUAGGCUGAUUGGGACGCAUCCGAGUUACGACAAAUCCGAUUGUCACACCGUCGUCUCGAAGACAUGAGCUAAGACGAAUGUUAAUGUAGAAUGUUAAUAUAUAUAAAGAAAAAUGAGGAAUGUUAAUAUAUAAAAAAAUAUAUGGAUGAAUGAUAGAUUACUGAUGACAACCAGUGAAUAUAUAUUUAGUUCUGUGCGAUCAAAUAUAAAAUAAAAUCAUAUUUUUGAAAAAUAUAGACAAAAAUUUAGUCAAAUACCUAAGCACAAAAUUAAAUUAAAUUUAAUAUAUAUAUAUUGAGAAAAAUAAUUGAUUAUAGAAAAAAAGUUCAAUUGCUCUACAACAUUUUUAAUCGCUCAUUCACUGGUUCUUCUGUUGUAAUCAAUAGACAAAAGUUGGUCUGCACUACUUUUUAAGUAUUAAGACUUGCCGAAAUUGGAACUCUCGCGAUACUUUCAAGGUCGUUGUCCAUUUUCCGAAAAAAGACAACGUCUGAAAUCUUGCUCCACUACGAAAACAAGUACGAAGUCUUUUCUGUUCCGGUAAAGAGUCGCGAGUCUUCGUUUUCGCCGUCUGGAAUCUUUACUCACGUUUCAAGAAUAAAAGAGAAUUCUACGAAGAAAGAGCGUUCUCGCAAAGGUGGAAGAUAACCGUUCUAAUAUAAUACAUGACUCAAAAAUGAUUCAACAAACAAUCCUGGAAAUUCCUCAUAUUCGCAAACAAAGAAUGCAACGGCAAGAACGCAUUGUCACCGAAUUUGCUUUGAGAGAAGACAAUAUUUUCUAAUAUUAAGAAAAUUUCGGAGAAAGCAUUUACGCGCAUUGUGUUCGAUGAACUAAACACUUUGAGAACUAAAAAAUUAAAACAAUUUUCAGAGUUAAACGAACAACCUUGCAGAGUUGCGUAUUGAUGAUACGCAGAAUUCAUGGAAGCAUCAAGUGGAAAAAAAACAUGCACUGUCGCACAGUAUAUAUCAGAGAAGUCUCAUUUAUAGUAAAAUUAACCGCCGUGUCUACCGUUUCCAUUAAAAAGCCUCGAACACGAACGCCGCGUAUCCGUUAUUGCAGUCACUCAAUUAUUAAAUGCGCUCGGUAGACCGAGCGAUCGCUCCUGCUCGUUGCGAUUGUCAACAAUGUCUCGACUGCAACUACUCUCGAGUACAUAUUCCGUAAUCUUGUUAUUGGUUUAUUGAUUGUCGCGCACGUGAAACGAGUACUGGAGGCUUCUAUAAAACUAGAAUUUUAUUAAUUACAAAACACACACACGAAGAAGCUAUUACGGAUAUCAAGGUAAUGCUUUAAUGAUAAAAUUUCGCUCAAUAAAAUGUGAAAACUUUCAUAGGUGAAUACGGAUUAUUUUAACAAGAAUAAACAUUUAAAGAAAUUAUAUAAAUUUUUACUCGUGUAAAUAUCAGAAUGUAAAAGGUUGAAUUGCUACGUUCAUUUGCUUCAAUAUUCCUUAAAAAUUUCUGAAAAAUUCAUUAAAAAUAAUAUCAAGAUUUUAGAUUGAUCAUAAUUUUGUGAUAUUGAAUGUUACUGCGAGAAAUUGUGUUAAAACAUUGUAACUUUAGAAGAUUGGAAAACAAAUCUCGGAUAAUAUAAAUACGAGGGAGAACGAUCCGGUAAAUAGACGGUACGCGCGCCUUGUACAUAUCAGACGAUAAAACUCGCUCAACUUCGGAAGUAAGGAUAGACGCGCUGACGGCCUGCGGAACGUAUAGAAUCUCAAACUUGGAAAUUUGCGCGCGGCGAAAGGAUGGCUUUCAUGCAAGGUACGUAAAUAUAACGCGGUUUUUUUCCGGGCUCGCGAUGGUGCAACGUUCCCACGGAAAGAGGGGAGGCAAGGUUUAUUCGCCGAACUUAUAAUGGCCCGACUUCGAGGCGGAUUUUAUCCUCGUUACAGUCCGCCAGUAAAAACGCAUUGUUCGAAAGUGCAUUAGCUCUUGGGGAUUCGAACACGAUGCGCCGGGACGAUCCCGAGACUGUUUCGUUUUAUCGCCGUAAAGGGGCAUGCAUUGUGUCUCUGAGCUUGGCAGUAUUGUUGUGCCGGAAGUGUACCUCGCUUCUUCAGGACCAUUCACGAGAACGUUAUAAUGGUUUCGAUAUCCCCAGUGAUGUCCUAGCCGCCAUUAGCGUUCGUGACCGAAUUUUCUUUUGUCAACGGGACCAUGUAAUCGGAGCGCGUCCGAUCGCCGAUAUAAUUGGCGUUAACAAUCGGCGCCGGCGUGCACAAACAAACGGUCCUAUAUAGUUGCUGUAUAUAUACUGUGUUAGAAGCGUAAUCGUAAGAAUACUUCAGUGCCAGUCUUUCACCUAGCUUGUAAUGACGCCGAAAUUCAUUGUAUUUCGAGGAUUUCACGUAUGAUGCAUACACGGAAUGCGUUUUUUAUAGAAGCCGAUAUAUGUGCGCGCCUAAGAGGCAAGGAAAAUUGAAUAUCGAACAAAAAUAUAGAUUAAGUGUUACUCAGCGUUUUCCCCGAUCAAAACCUUUUUCAUAAGUCUGUACAUUUUCGCCGAAUUAGCGUUGCGGAUCGCGUCAGAGAAUUUUAUUUCGCCAUUGUACGCAUUUAAUAAAAGAAUGAAAAAAAAGCUGACUCGAUAGCGAAUGACGGAUUGUAAAUAAACGACCUACGUUACCUAUUCUUGAUUAAGUGUAUUCUCAUGCCGCUUGGCAAUUGCGAAUUUUCGUAAUAUUACCGCGAUCUUUCUUUGCUCUUGGUUACCGCUAACGUCGCGUUUUCAGAGAGCAAUUUUAAUUAAUACUCGAGUCAACGGACGCUAAUUACCUUCCUUUAUGGCGCGAAGAUUCUUUCACGCGUUCCUUUUCGCUGCUUUGUAACUCGAGCCGGUCACUCAGCUCGUUAAAUUUCACUUGUCGCGACUUCAACUUGGACCACAACACCUCUUUGACUUUUUAAACACAAGGGGUUUGUAUUCUACGUGUAUAUCUCUGUACUUGCAAAUGCAUAUGAUUUCUUAUUGUAGUGAUUUCUAUUGUAGUA